AGACGAAGGUAAAUUCAAAGGACUUUCCACAUAUGAAGCUGACUGUGAAGUCUUCACUGCAAGACUUCCAAAAAUUGAUGAAAGAAAAGUUGUGCGAUCAUAUGGAAAUCCUAGAAGUGUUUAGGAGAGAUUAUCCUUUUGGUGCUUUCCUUGAUGUCCAACUUGUUCCCCCUCCAGCCAUGUUAUGGCAGUUGAUGGUUAGGGAGGCUAAUGUGGAAGGAGCAAAAGGUUCUGAAAUGUGGUUUGUAGUAAAUGGAGUUGCCAUUAGAUACUCUCUAAUGGAAUUUUCCUUGAUUACUGGACUCAAAUGUUCACAACUAGCUCCCGGAUACGAAGAGCAGUAUGAUAAGGAUUCACUGCCUGUUUUCGUUAAAGAAAACUGGUCAAAGGGUGUGGUAUGUUACACUUCAGUUGUUGAGAGGUUUUCAAAAUUGUGCCAGCUACUUGACGAUGAAGGGAAGAAAGAGUAUGCACUCCAGUGGAUAGUGAAGGUGGCGACAUUGAUGUUUGUUGUUCUCGUUUUAACUGGUCAUGCUAAGAAAGAUGCCCCAGUUCCGAAAUGGAUCCUUGCCAUUGUUGCAAACUCUGAUGAUUCCAUGUCUUUCCCAUGGGGGACAUGGGCAUUCCUGGAGUCCCUCCGUAUCCAAUCUUUGGGGAAGGACUUAGUUUCAGAAAAAAAGAAGCUUGUCAAAGGCAGGAAAACAUCAAACACCCUCCGAUACACUGGCUUUUGUCCUCCCCUCAUCCGAAGGAAUUCAUCUAAAGAUGAAGUUCACUCUUCAAGUGAGGGGUCAGAAAUCCCCUCCAAAAAGUAUGUCCUUAGGAGGAGAAAAGUAUCAAAGCCGUGCACCCCACAUGAAAAGGCUGAGCACAGACCUAUGUUGGAAACGCAGAGCCCUCUGUUGGAAAGGAUAACCAAUAUCAAGGCUUCAUCUUUAAGUGGAAAUUCUAGUCAAAUCUUGCCUAAUUCACUGAAAGAUUACAUUGAUGGUAAAUUUUCUGAGCUUCAAAAGACGCUAUGUCUGGAGGUUGAAAAUUUCUUGGAAAGAAAAUUUGAGACACUAGAAGAAAGUAUUCUCUUAACCUUACUUGCAUCCUCAAAGGGAGGGACUGACGAAGCGAAGGAAUACGAUGGGAAGAAAGAAGAGCCGGUGGAAGUGAAUGAGGCCGACCACUCUAUACAUGAAGGGGUGGACAAUAAUGAAGAGGAUGAAAUAAAAGAUGGGAAGGAAGAUGAGAAGGUCGACCCCCCUUGUUUUGAAUGGUUGGACCAUAAUGAAGAUGCUAUUAAAGAUGGGAAGGAAGAAGAGCCGGUGGGAGUGAAUAAGGUCGAUCCCUAUAGUUUUGACGGGGUUGACCAUAAUGAAGAGGGAAAAAAAGAUGGGAAAGAAGAAGAUGGGAAGGAAGAAGUUGGGAAGGAAGGAGAUGGGAAGGAAGAAGAUGAGCCCAUUGCAGACAAUAUGGUCAAGCUCUCCAGUUUUGAAGGAAUUCCUGAAGAGAAAGAUGAAGAAGAGGUUGACCAAUUUAAAGUAAAGAAUAGGUUUCCACCAAUCCAGGAAGAAGAAGAGGAAAAGUUUGCAGAUGAGGGAGAGGCCAAUGAAGAUGAGAUGGCAAUGAGUGAUAAAAUUGUCCAUGAUGUUGUUGAAUUCUGCAAAUCAACUGAAAACAAUGUUGAUGAGAAAGUUGAGUCCGAUGGUGACGUCUUGAGAGAACUGACAGAUGUGGAUGGAGUCGCUGCUGCACGGGAAUUGGGUCGAGGUCUCCAGGAGAAGAAACGAAGUAUUCAUAUAUCGAGCCCCUACUUCAGCAAUGUACUUAAAAAGGUAAAGGUUAUUAAUAGUAAUGUAUCAAAUGAGCUGGAUAAAGCCGAAGAAGAGCAACUCAACAAACGAAGGAACCCAUCUAGCCAACAACUUGAGGCCUUCCAUCAAUUCAUGCAGUCGGCAAUUGGUGAUGGGAGAGAAGUUCAGUGUAUCAUGGAAAAGAGGAGAGAGUCUCACGGUAUUGUUAAGAAGUGGUGGAGUUCCUUGAUGGAAUCCGGCGGCUGGUUGGAGACCACGCAUAUGGAAGAAAUCAUGAUCUACUUCAUGAAAAUGUAUAACAAGAAAGAUAGCACAUAUGUCGUCCUCCCAGAGAGCUUUCAAAUGUUAGGUGAGGUCAAUGCCACUACUGAACUAUUUCCAAUCCUGGACACCGGCCUCGCAGAAAUAGUUCUUGGUAGAUGGGACUCAUGCUCUAAACCGUGGAAAGAUAUUUCAUGUGUUUAUUGGGUUCAUAACAUAAAGGAUCAUUGGGUCGCCAUAAGAGCUGAAUUCGAUAGAAAGUGUCUGGUGGUGUUUGACUCCCUACAACGAAUUACAAGCAUGAGUAAACUUGAAGAAGAACUGUCAAAAAUGCUCACAAUUUUUCCUGUGAUGUGCCAAUACGCAUCAAAUUAUCUUCAAGGUAUUCCUGGCGACCAUAGAGACAUGACCGCGAAAUGGAGUGUUGAACGUCCUUUGGUGCCGCAACAGACAAAUUCAGACUGUGGGGUGUUUGCUUUAAAGUUCAUUGAGCUUGGUGUUCAAAAUUUGCAACCUUCGGUGCUUAGCGGAGAGGAUGAUGAUGAUAUUGAAAGUUCAUUUGUUCAUAAACUGGAGGCGCACAAUGUUAUCCCCAAGGAGUCAUAUUUGGAGUUGCCAAGGUCUUUUUGCGCUAACAACGGAAUUUCUGAUGGCACAAUGAAAAUUAAGAUUUAUGGCCCGGCAAUGUAUCCCAAUGAAGUCACCCUCUCUGUCAAGGAGAGUGGUUGCAGGCUCACCAAAGGAUGGCAUAAUUUUGUGGAGGACAACGGGUUAAGGCUUGGGGAUAAGGUUGUGCUUACCUUCAUUGCAGAAAAUACAAUCAUUGUUUAUGCUUCUCGCCAUCGUAUGCUACCCAGGCUUACCAAUUAUUAAAACUAUUUAACGCUUUUAUAUUUGGUGGUUUUUUUGUAUAUAUUUUUAGUAUGAUUACAAUCAUUUCUAGUAUAAACGCUACAGUCAUAU